CCUAUAGGAAUUAAUUAAAAAUUUAAAUUUAAAUAUGAAAGUAGUGAAAAGAUAAGUUAUUCUUUUUUUUUUUUUUAUGUUUUAUUAAUUUAUUUUAGUACGAAAGUCUUUUGAGGGGGUUAUAAUAGAAUUUUGGUAUGUAUUAAUAUAAUAUUUUCUUCUUCUUCUUCAAGGUUGUUCAAUUUUCCUCAUCCAAAAUACUAAUAAUAUAUAUUAUUAUUAUUAUAGUAUAUUAUUUUGGAUAAAGGCUCAAUCUACCCAAGCAAUUUUCAGCAUUGUCGGUGGUUUUACGUCACGUCACGGCACGACCAAAAAAGAUCGCUUUUUUAUUCUUCAAAAUCAAUCUCCAAUUCUCUUCUUCUUCAUCUUCUUCUUGAGCUCCACGACGUCGUUUCCAACAUGUCUUACGACUACCUUUUCAAGUACAUCAUCAUCGGCGACACAGGUGUAGGGAAAUCAUGCCUGCUAUUACAAUUCACUGAUAAGAGGUUCCAACCUGUUCAUGAUCUCACCAUCGGAGUUGAGUUCGGUGCUCGGAUGGUCACCAUUGAUGGUCGUCCAAUAAAGCUUCAAAUUUGGGAUACUGCUGGCCAAGAAUCAUUCAGAUCCAUUACUAGAUCUUACUAUAGAGGAGCAGCUGGGGCACUUUUGGUGUAUGACAUAACCAGGAGAGAAACUUUUAAUCAUUUGGCAAACUGGCUUGAGGAUGCUCGGCAGCAUGCAAAUCCCAACAUGACGAUCAUGCUAAUAGGUAACAAGAGUGAUCUUGCUCAUCGGAGGGCUGUCAGCAAGGAGGAAGGAGAGCAGUUUGCAAAAGAAAAUGGGCUUUUAUUCCUGGAAGCAUCUGCAAGAACUGCUCAAAAUGUUGAAGAGGCCUUUAUCAAAACUGCUGCAAAAAUCCUUCAGAAUAUUCAGGAAGGCGUGUUUGAUGUAUCCAAUGAGUCAUCUGGCAUCAAGGUUGGUUAUGGACGCUCUCAAGGUCCAUCAGGCUCGAGAGAUGGAACGGUUUCUCAGAGAGGCGCGUGUUGCAGCUAACUUGAACAACAGUUAGUGUAGUUUCUAUAUGUGAUGUGAUACCUUUUUCAUGAAAAAGAAAACAAACACCAGUAUGAACAUACACUAUUUUAACUGGUGUGUAACUUGUGGAAAACAUUGAAUGUAUAGAUCCAAGUUCUUGUGGAUACAGAUGAUUCUGCCAUUUGUGACUCUUUUUUUCUUUGUAAAAGUGUUACAUAUAGGUAUUGCAUCGGUUUAUAAUAAAAUUUUGAGAUAAUUAAUUAAA